CUCUCCACGACAUGCUGUUGUAAAUUUGUGUAAUCACCUGAUGUGUACCUAGCAACAAACUUCAUGUGCAGUGACAGCCUCCAAUCCGACAACAUGAAAUAAUUCUGCCAACUUUCUGUUAAGUUUCGAUAAUUCUUGUGAGUGUUUACUUUUUCGUUAUAGCAAAGCUUAUGCAUUACAAAAUUUUGACAACUUACAAUCAUGACACAUAUAACAAUUGAAAAUUCAAAUUAAAUUGAAAAGUAUAUCCGAGGCAAACUCCAGUGGGGAUGACAUCUUGCAGAGCUCUUUCCUCAUAUAGCGAUUCCUGUUAAGAUAGUAAUGAGUGCACCCUCAAUGGUUUCUUACCGAAGACUCUUUGGAUUUAAAUAUUGGAAAAUAUUUGGCACAGGCGUUCACAUACUAGGGAAUUGUAUUGCUGUUAGGAACUGAAGAAGUAUUUGCUAAAAUAAAAACGAACUCCACAAUAAAUUAAGAAUAAUAAAAAUUAGUAAGCACUAAACUCGUCAGAGUUACUGACAUCCAAUAUGACGUCAACGACAUCAACUAAUUCAACGAUGCCCAUACUGGCGAAAGAAAAUAUUUCUACUUCUGCAAUGGACUAUGCCAGCAUCAGGGGAAAGGAUGUCCUUGUUAGUCCAACGGAGGAUCAGUACGAAUUGCUACUGAGACGACUACAAGAAAGAAUACAGGAUGGCGGAAGUGAAACAAUAUUUGACAUCGGUGUUGGGGAAGAUGGUUCUGAGAAUGGUCUGAAAGAGGAUGAGUAUGAUGCAUCUGUGGCCACUCUGCAGUCUCUGGCAGCAACUUUGGAGGCAGAUUGUGUUCUGUUGAGGCAACGAAAAGUUGAUCUGGGACUCAUAGGACAAUAUUUGGUCAGAAGACGCUUAGAUCAACAAGAUUUCCUUGAAAUAAGGGUUGCUGUUGUUGGCAAUGUAGAUGCUGGAAAGUCAACCCUAUUGGGUGUCCUAACUCAUGGUGAGCUCGAUAAUGGACGAGGGUUGGCUAGGCAAAAGUUGUUUCGUCACAAGCAUGAAGCUGAAACUGGAAGGACAAGUUCUGUAGGAAAUGACAUUCUUGGUUUUGACAGCAUCGGAAAUGUUGUGAACAAACCAGAACAUGGUUCCCUAGACUGGGUCAAGAUCUGUGAAAAGUCUUCCAAAGUCAUCACAUUCAUUGACCUCGCCGGACACGAGCGUUAUCUUAAAACUACCGUUUUUGGUAUGACUGGGCAUGCACCUGACUUUGGUAUGCUGAUGGUUGGUGCCAACGCAGGCAUCGUUGGUAUGACUAAGGAGCACUUGGGUCUGGCUCUAGCACUAUCUGUCCCAGUAUUUGUAGUGGUGACAAAAAUUGAUAUGUGCCCACCAAAUGUACUACAGGAAAAUUUGCGACUACUAGUUCGUAUCCUAAAAUCACCAGGAUGCAGAAAAGUUCCAGUUAUGGUAAAAUGCCAGGAUGACGUUGUUAUCAGUGCUACCAAUUUCGUGUCCGAAAGGCUUUGUCCCAUUUUUCAAGUGUCAAAUGUAAACGGUGAGAAUCUACACCUUCUAAAAAUGUUUCUCAAUUUGUUAACUGCUCGAAUGACCAGUCACGACGACGAGCCCGCGGAGUUUCAAAUAGAUGACACAUAUUCUGUCCCCGGUGUUGGAACAGUUGUUUCAGGAACGACUCUCAAGGGUGUAAUUAAGCUGAAUGAUACUCUGUUGUUGGGACCAGAUCCAUUGGGAUACUUCAUACCGAUUGCUGUAAAAAGUAUUCAUAGAAAAAGAAUGCCGGUCCGUGAAGUACGUGGGGGUCAAACAGCAAGUUUUGCUCUGAAAAAAAUAAAAAGAUCCCAAAUUCGUAAGGGAAUGGUAAUGGUUUCACCUCUACUAAACCCCCAAGCUUGUUGGGAAUUUGAGGGUGAAAUUCUGGUACUACAUCACCCUACUACCAUCAGCUCAAGAUAUCAAGCCAUGGUGCAUUGCGGAAGCAUAAGGCAAACAGCCUCCAUUCUAACAAUGUCGCAAGAUUGUCUCAGAACAGGGGAUAAAGCUCUGGUGCACUUUAAAUUUAUUAAACAUCCUGAGUACAUAAAACCAGGACAACGUAUGGUCUUUAGAGAAGGACGAACUAAGGCCGUUGGCAAUGUUCUACGACUCAUACCCCACUCUGGUCCCACUGGUUCGCAAACAAUGAGGGGCAAUAAGCCUAACAAAGUACAGCAGACUCGUCAGAAUGGCUCUGCAAUGAUGCCUCUUACUCAAAUGCCAGAUGUGGCGGACCAAAAUUCACCUUUCGAAGUGUCUGCUGAUAAACGCGAAAAUAUGCCACAGAGAUCGGGCUCUGGCGGCAAAAAGGGGCGAGGCCGAAGAGGGGGACGAGGACGACCCCACAACGCGACAAGCGGGAAUGUACAACCUCUAUCUGAACAAAACCCUCCAGCCAAAGUUUAAAGAAAAUUUGUGUACAAAGUAUAAAUAAUUCCUUAGCAAUAUUACCAUGUGAUGUAAUAGAGCAAUGACAACAAAAUUUUAUUCUUUUUCAAAAAUACCAGUGCUGCUUGGAAACUGAAAAUUUUAUUUGGAUAAAUUUUUGAUAAAAUUUAAUAGCAGCCUAGACACUCAAAAUAAUUUUUUUGUUCAGCAU